AUGGAGGUGAUCGAAACCAACCAGCUCAACCAUCUCAAAGACAUAUUCUCCCGAUUCGACAUGGACUCCGACGGCAGCCUCACGCAGUUGGAGCUCGCCGCCCUCCUCCGAUCGAUCGGCCUCAAGCUUUCCGGCGACCAAAUCCACGUCCUCCUUGCCAACAUCGACACCAACGGCAACGGCUCCGUCGAGUUCGACGAGCUCGCCGGCGCCAUUUUGCCGGAAGAGACCCUCAUGAAUCAAGACCAGUUGCUGGGAGUCUUCAACAUUUUCGACCGCGACGGCAACGGGUACAUCACGGCGGUGGAGCUCGCCGGGUCCAUGGCCAAAAUGGGUCAGCCGGUGACGUACCGGGAGCUCGUGGAGAUGAUCCGGGAGGCCGACACCGACGGCGACGGUGUCAUUAGCUUCCACGAAUUCGCCUGCAUCAUGGGGAGGUCCGCCGUGGAUUUUCUAGGGCCGGCGUUUUCAUGA